UUCACGCCGGUCACUGACCACGAGAGUUUACAGCUAUGGCAGCAAAUAGGAAUUGUAUUCGAGAUUUGGAGGAAAUGCGUGUUGAACUGAAGCAUUUUUUUCAUACUACCAUGUUACUGUUUACAACACCUCUUUUGGGAUAUGCUGACGAACUUGAUGCUGCAUACAGAGAUAUAAAGAUUUCUAAAGUGUCCGGACAAACAGGAUGUGUGGUAGGUGGAGUGUUAGCUGUUGUAGGCUUUGGACUUUCCUUUGUUACAUUUGGAGCGUCUCUUGGCCUCUGUAUAGCAGGUGGAAUUAUUGGAGGCGCAGGUGGGAUAGUUACCGGUGGUGCUUCUAUAGCUGACGCUGUAAAAUCAAGCAAAACUAGAACAAAGGCAAAUGCUCAACUCGAAAAGUGCAAUACAGCUUUUAACAAAAUACUUAUGAAAUACAAUAGAGUAUCAACCCAGCUAGAAAGAGCCGGAAAUAUUGACAUACACUUUCCGCUCUGGUGCUCAUUUUGGGGCAAUCUAACGCGUGCCGUCUUUCUUCCAAUUGAUAUAGGUUUUCUAGUUGCGAAUCCGCUUCUCCAAAACGAAUCUCAUGACAUAUCUAAGAAAAUACGGGAAGCUGUUGCCAAGCUACAGAAUAGAUGUCCUAGUGAACAGGACAUUGAUGAAAUGAUAGAUUCGUGCAUAAACUCGUUACGACAGCUGGAAAACUAAACCAUACAUCAUUACAUUUCCGAUUGACUUUUACCUUCAUAAUAAACAUAUUUGUUAAAUAUUUAAGGUUAUAGAAGCAGUUGCAAAUGUAAUGAUAAAAUUUUAUAAUAAUGAAUGGACAAACUAUUUUUUUAUAUAUAUGAUAUCUUACAUUUAUUUGCAUCUUAAAUGUGUUCAAUAAAAUUGCAGGUUUGAGCCUAA